UGCAGGAAACAUUACAAAAUACACGCUCAUCAUGGACAAGUUCCGUCUUUCAAACCUGCAAACAGUCUUGUGGAUUAAUCAACGAACCACUUUUUCUCUUUGCUCUCCCGAAUCCUUUCUUGGUAUAUUACACCAUUUAUGCAUGGAUGCUAUUUCUAGUGCCCCAUGCUGAACACCUGAACAUUCCUCCUUCCAAAGCAAUCUUCCUCUCCACAAUCGGCGGCAUAGGUGGCAUCAUCGGACAGACCAUCUUCAUUAUCCUCGUCAGCAAAGGCAUCAAUGCAUUUGUCUUGUACAUCGCUAUAGGUGUGAUCUGCACGCGAUCAUUUCUGUUAGACUCCAUCAGUUCUGCUUAUGUGGUGCGUGCUUCCUUCGCUUUUGUCCAAGGGUUCUCCUUCUUCGUCGAUGAUGCUAUCAUGUCCAGUCUGUGCAAGGAUGCAGUCUUUGACGAAAGGAAUUUUAAUAUGGCCCAGGCUCUCUGUAAUUUCAUGGGAGGAUUAGGGGUGACAUGUGCAGGAACGUUCACAGGUUAUGUGUUUGAUGUCAUCCAUUCGUUCACGAAGGUGUUUAUCAUCAUCGGCUUCAUCCACGCCGCCAUGGUCGUUCAUAUCUUCAUCGUAGCGGUCCUCAUCAAGAGACGACGACGACAAGAUGUCAGCUUUCAUUUCGACCACUGAGGGCUAUUGGGAUGGGGCAGACCGCUCUUUUGAAAUGUUUCAGGGAGGUGCCCGUUAAUAUAUAUAUAUAUCUUUUAAUUCUAACCUCCCAUGAGGAUGUUUUAUAUUCACCGCUUCGCUUCGAGGUAUAAUUAAAUACAUUAUUUAACCAAAACAGAAACAGAAAAACAUAGUUUGACUAUCUCACGAAAAUGAAAGAAGAACAAAAAAAUAUACAUAGAAAAAUAAAAAAAAAUAAAUGUCGU